CAAAAAUAAAAAUGACAAAUUUAAACAGUUAAUAAAAAUAUGCAUCAACUUCUGAGACCGGACCUACUUUAUAUUGUUAACGUUACUACUUACUAGGCUCUUAAUUGAGAGCUCACUAACCCACUUUUUGAAGCUAUUAAUGUGAUUUAAAUUUAUAUGAGUAUUUGGGCAAAAUUUUGAUAGAUUUUCUUGCCCAGCAAACCCUUUAAACGCCGUUCCCUCUCUUUGUACGAAUUCUUUUAUUCCUAAUUCACCUUGAACUAUGUAUAAUUCAAUAAUCUUUAAGCUUGCAAAGCUGUCUUUUUCUACUUUGUCAUUUGAAAUACAAAUAUCAAAAAGAGUAAAAACGAAAGAUUUAUGUUUAAUUGGUCCAAUUGAGAUCGAACGUCACAGUUUACUGUUAAAUCUGUGUGGAUUAAAGUUUUAACACAUUAAACAAUACAAAUUUAAGUUUACUUUUCUAGAAAAAAUGAUUACGGUUCGAAGUGUAACCCCGGAGGAUUAUUCCGGUAUUAUUCUUCUCCUACGAAAAUACUUCUUCCCGCAUGAACCAGCAGCAGUUGGACUUGAUCUAUGCCCUAAAGGUUAUGCUAUUCCUGGUGUAGAGAAAACUGUGCUAAGUAUGCUUGAAACAGAAUACAGCUUAGUUGCUGAGGAGGAUGGACAGUUAAUUGGAGUUCUUGUGGCGAACCUCAAAACGGGGGAAGACGAUGAUUCUGAUGAAAAGAAACCCGAAAAAGAUGAUUCUGAUGAAUUACCAGAGAAGAUGAUCAAACUCUUAUCAUUCUUUGAUGAUCUCUCAACAGACUUUGGACGGUUCUGCAUCAUGGAAAAGUACUGCAAGACGAGCUGUCUUGAGAUUUACAUGCUCUGUACAAAAAGUGAAGUGAGAAAACAAGGUCUGGCGACAAAACUUGUUUCUCAGGCUCUGAAAAUGGCUGAAGAAAAACAAGUUGGCUUGGUGGAAACCCUGGCACUAUCAGUCUACUCACAGGCAAUAUUCCGAAAGCUGGGAUUUCAAGUAGAGAAUGAGAUUCCAUAUAAAGAUUAUGCACAGGUAACAAAUUCUUUUAAAAGAUAUUUCAGGAAGGGGUGGGGGGGGAUUGGUAGGGUUCAGGCUUUCUUGGAAAUAUUAAAUAACAGAACUUUUAAAAAUUAAGUCUAUUUCUACUCUGAUUUUUUCUCACAAAGUAAAUUCACAUUAUCAGUGAGGGGGGGGGGGGGUGAUCAUUAAAAAAGAUAAAUAUGAUAUUUUAAAUUUUUGUAAGAUUUUUUUUAAAAUACUAAUUUUGACCCCACUUUAAUUCUGUUUAGGAUGAAGUGCUUAUAUUUGAUGUGAGGCGAAUGGGGGAACAUAAGUCUGGAAUGUAUAUGUGUAAAUUAACCUAAACAGACUCAAAAUUUACAAUCUCUAAUGAACUUAAAUAGAAUGUUGACUUGACUUAAUCUUGUAGUUGUACAAAAUCAGCUUAAAAUUGCGCGAAUCAAAUAAUUCCGUUGGCUUGAAUCAACCAAACCUGCCAAGACUACAGAAAUAUUUCUAAGUCGAAUAAUUCUUAAACCUUCUUCAUUAUUUUAAAUAAUUGUGACUUAAAUGUUUAAUGAAUACUUAGUUCCCGAUAUUUAUUGUUUUUUAGAUGAAUUUUACCCAAAAUUUAUUAGAUGUGACGAGGUCGCAUUUUUUGAAGUUCUUGAAAAAUAUUGAUUCAAAUUUUAAAUGAGUAAAAUCAAAGCACAUAGUAAUAAUAUGACACUGCUUAAUAUUUCAAGUUUAAAUCGGAUUUAAAAAAACGAAAUCAAUUGAAAAGGUAGGAUUUCCUAUUAAUUGAUAAAAUUA